GGCUACCUAUAGAGGUUUGAGUGAGUGUUCUUUAAUUCUCUGCUUCCUGCAGUUUUUGAGUGAGGUAGAAGUCCUGGUACCUUUUGAGUCAAACAUUGGCCCUGUCUCCUCUGAGGAUUCUGAAAAACAUGACUUUGCUGAUUUGAUUUUCUCCUGGUUUAACGUGAACAUGUACUACUGAAUUAUAACCUCGAGAGCACUGAAAGGCUCAAUUGACUGGAGUUGAUACCAGAAACUGCCAGUAGCCACAGAAGCCAAAUCCAGUGAGGGGCCAACCCAGAGGGCUUCGGCUUUGAGCCCGUUCUCCAGAGGGACUCUGUGUAUGUGCAAGAAGGAAAUGCUAUUGUGGGGCACUCUGGUGAGGGUUGUAACGGUACUAGAAAAACUGACCCAAAUACCCCUAAAAACUCUGACGGGGAGAAGCAGGCCGCAGCUCUUUGGUGACCCUCAUGUGUCUGGGGAGGUUGGGAGAAGCCACCCAGCCUAGAGAAUAACCGAUGAUGAGAAAGGCCAUGGGACGGAAAGAACUGGGGACAACCAAGCAUAACAAAAGCCACAGCAUUUAAAGCAUCUUAGGAUGCCGGAUUGCACUUAAAAUGCAGGAUUCAAAGUAAGAAAGGGCUUCAGAGAUUUAGUGGAUAAAGGGCUGUUUCACCGAAGAGGCCAUCUGAGCUUCCUCAAGCGGAGAAGACCCCGGCACUUGGAGCCGCAGGCCCCCCUGGCUCCAGGUGUCUGGAGUCUCGGCGCAGCAAGGAGGACCUGGCUUGGGGGGGAAACGCACUUUCCGAGAGGGCAGAAGCUGCAGGCGGCCAAUGCGGAGGAACAGAGCGUCCCUGAGGCUCUGGCCGCAAGGUGGAGGAGAGCCAGCAGCAGAAGCCCGCAGAGGGGCUGGGGGCACCCAGCAGCACUGGGAUGGGAUGAGAGAUAAUUCUUGAUUAAUGGGACAAUAUGGCCACCGGAGGAGGUCCUUUUGAAGAAGGCAGGAAUGGUCAAGAUUUGCCAAGCUGGAGUAAUGAGAGUGUGGAUGACCGGCUGAACAAUAUGGAUUGGAGUGGCCAACAAAAGAAAGCAAAUAGAUCAGCAGAGAAAAACAAGAAGAAAUUUGGUGUAGAGAGUGAAAAAAGGGUAACAAAUGACAUUUCCCCCGAGUCGUCUCCGGGAGUUGGACGGAGAAGGACAAGGACUCCUCACACCUUUCCUCACAGUAGAUAUAUGACACAGAUGUCUGUUCCUGAGCAAGCAGAAUUAGAGAAGCUGAAGCAGCGGAUAAAUUUCAGUGACUUAGAUCAGAGGAGCAUUGGAAGCGAUUCUCAAGGCAGAGCAACAGCUGCUAACAACAAACGCCAGCUCGCAGAAAACAGAAAGCCAUACAACUUUUUGUCAAUGCAGAUUAAUACAAACAAAAGCAAGGAUGUUGGCACAGGUCCUCAAACAAGGGAGACAAGUGGGUCAUCUCAAUGUAAAGAGUUAUUUGCAUCUGCUUUGAGUAAAGAUCUUUUACAAAACUGUCAAGUCUCUGAAGAAGAUGGUAGAGGAGAACCUGCAAUGGAUAGCAGCCAGAUUGUGAGCAGGCUGGUUCAAAUUCGGGACUAUAUUGCCAAGGCUAGUUCCAUGCGGGAUGAUCUGGUAGAGAAAAAUGAGAGAUCUGCUAAUGUUGAGCGCCUCACACACCUUAUAGAUCAUCUUAAAGAACAAGAAAAGUCCUACCUGAAAUUUCUGCAAAAGAUGCUUGCUAGAGAAAAUGAGGAGGAGGAUGUUCGGACUAUAGAUUCCGCUGUGGGAUCUGGUUCUGUAGCUGAGAGCACAUCGCUAAACAUAGAUGUGCAGUCUGGGGCUUCAGACACCACGGAGGCAUCUUGUAGUCUGAGAAUUCGGCCGUGCAUUGAGGACAAACUAGGGGAUUCAGCUUCCCAAGAACAGGUUUCAGACAUUGACGUCCCUACAAGUCCAAAAGGGAAAGGUGACAGACCUGCUCAGAAUGACAGGGAAAUAUGGCCUAAUAGGAAGUAUAGCCAAGGACGUGGAUUAUCUGCAAAGGCCAGAGAACCUCAGCAGGAGCCAAGGGAAGAGCUGGAAAACUUAAAGAAACAACAUGAUUUGUUAAAAAGAAUGUUACAGCAACAGGAGCAAUUGAGAGCUUUACAAGGACGGCAAGCUGCUCUCCUGGCCCUGCAGCAUAAAGCUGAGCAAGCCAUCGCUGUGAUGGAUGAUUCCGUUGUAACGGAAACCACAGGCAGCAUAUCUGGCAUAAGUAUAACAUCGGAGCUCAAUGAAGAACUGAAUGACUUAAUCCAGCGUUUUCAUAAUCAGCUGCAUGAUUCUCAGGCCCCACCUGUUCCAGAUAAUAGGAGACAAGCAGAAAGUCUUUCAUUAACCAGAGAAGUUUCCCAAAGCAGGAAUUCAUCUGUCUCAGAACAAUUGGCUGAUGAGAAAGUUCAACUUUUUAGCAAAAUGCGAGUGUUACAAGAAAAGAAACAGAAAAUGGACAAAUUGCUUGGAGAACUUCACACAUUGCGUGAUCAGCACCUAAAUAACUCUGCUUUUGCAGUUGUGCCCUCACCUUCCCCUCAGAGGAGUGUGGAUCAAAGGAGCACGGGCUCUGCAGCUUCUGCCCAGGUGGGCCUGGUCCCAGCUGCCAAUGGAGAGUCUUCCAGUCACGCCCCCUCGGCUGCUUAUGCUCCUGACAUGAUGGCUUCUCAUAAUGAGAGUGAGAAUGAAGAGCAUCUAAAUCCAACAGAAAAGCUCCAAAAAUUGAAUGAAGUUCGGAAGAGAUUGAAUGAAUUAAGGGAAUUAGUUCAUUAUUAUGAACAGACAUCAGAUAUGAUGACUGAUGCUGUGAAUGAGAACACCAAAGAUGAAGAAGAGACAGAAGAUUCAGAAUAUGACUCUGACCAUGAGAACCCUGGACCUGUUACCAACAUCCGAAACCCCCAAGGUGCUGCGGCUUGGGCUGAAGUGAACAGUAAUACGAAUGCACAGUGCAUCACCAACAAUAGGGAUGGGAGAACCCUCAAUACAAACUGUGAGAUAAACAACAGAUCUGCUGCAAACUUGCGCACCUUGAACAUGGCCUCUCUCGAAUGUCGGUAUAAUAGAGAAGGAGAACAAGAUAUUGAUGGAGGACAAGGUGAAGAUGAGGAAGAAGAGGAAGAAGCAGAAGAGGAUGGAGGCAGUGAAGCAUCGUUAUCCAGUCACAGAAGCAGUUUGGGGGACAAUGCACCUGAGGAUGCUGAAUUUGAACAAAAGAUCAGCAGAUUGAUGGCUGCCAAGCAGAAACUGAGACAGUUACAGGAUCUGGUUGCUAUGGUGCAGGAUGAUGAUGGCGAGCCUGGAGCAAUCUCAGCCAGCACGGCUAACCUGGGGGCCUUCUUCCCAGUGGAGGAACCAGAAACCAAGCAGCACUCUAAUAACACGAGAGCCAACACCAAUAAAAUACAGAAGGAGGCUGGGCUCAAUGAGAAGGCAAGAGAGAAAUUCUAUGAAGCUAAAUUGCAACAGCAGCAGAGAGAGCUCAAACAGCUGCAAGAAGAAAGAAAGAAGCUGAUUGAGAUUCAGGAAAAAAUCCAAGCCCUACAGAAGGCGUGUCCUGACCUUCAGCUUUCUGCUGCAAAUGUGAGUAACAGCUCCUCUAAGAAGUAUGCACAGGUAAUGACCUCAACGCCAACUAUGAAUGAGAAUGAGAACACCCCCACAAACAAAGCAGGAUUUGUGACAGAAGAACCCACCGGGGCAGUGGCAGCAGAUAAUGAAUUGUGGUCAGAAAUGCGAAGGCAUGAGAUUUUAAGAGAAGAAUUGCGACAAAGAAGGAAGCAGCUUGAAGCACUCAUGGCUGAGCACCAGCGGAGGCGGGAUUUAACAGAGACAGCAUCCACAGCCGCUGUGUCAGUCAGAAGUGACGGCUCUGAGAAUCCCUGCACUCCACAGCAGAGCAGAACAGAGAAAACAAUGGCAACAUGGGGAGGUUCUACCCAGUGUGCCCUGGAUGAAGAAGAAGGCGAUGAAGACGGGUACCUUUCUGAUGGAGUUGUUCGAGCAGAAGAGGAGGAGGAAGAGGAAGAACAGGAUGCCAGCUCAAAUGAUCACUUUCCCAUGUAUCCUCCUAACAGCAUGCCUCAUAAUCCCUAUGGUGUAAAGGAAAACAAGGAUAGGUGGAAGGCCGGCCGCCCUCUCUCUGCAGAUGGAAAUUACCGGCCUCUCGCCAAGACGAGGCAGCAGAAUAUCAGUAUGCGGCGGCAAGAGAACCUUCGCUGGGUGUCGGAGCUGUCUUAUGUGGAAGAGAAAGAACAGUGGCAAGAGCAGAUCAACCAGCUCAAGAAGCAGCUGGACUUCAGUGUCAGCAUUUGCCAAACUCUGAUGCAAGAUCAGCAGACCCUCUCGUGUUUGCUGCAGACUCUGCUCACGGGGCCGUACAGUGUCAUGCCUAGUAAUGUAGCAUCCCCCCAAGUCCAUCUGAUCAUGCACCAAUUAAACCAGUGCUACACUCAGUUAACGUGGCAGCAGAAUAACGUUCAGAGGCUGAGACAGAUGUUGAGUGAACUGAUGCGUCAGCAUGAGCACCGACCUGAGAAGGCAGGAAGGAAGGAGCGAGGCAGCAGCGCGCCACCACCACCUUCUCCAACUUUGUUCUGUCCCUUCAGCUUCCCUGCCCAGCCCAUGAGUCUGUUUAAUCUCCCAGGAUUUUCCCAUUUUUCUUCAUUUGCACCAGGUAUGAAUUUUAACCCAUUAUUUACAUCUAAUUUUGGAGAUUUUGCACAAAAUAUCCCCACACCCAGUGAUCAACAGCAACCAGCAGAUCAAAGUAUUCCAGGAAAAACUGAGUAUGUGGCAUUUCCAAAACCCUUCGAAAGCAAUUCCUCUAUUGGAGCUGAAAAGCAAAGAAAUCAAAAGCAACCUGAAGAGGAGGUGGAAAACAGUAGACCAGCAUGGCUGUUUGAGCAAGAAGGUGGUCUUGAGAAACCAUUUGUCAAGACUGGAUUUGCAGUGUCCGUCCAGAAAACUGCCAGUAAUCACCGCCCAAAUCAGCUCGAUGGCAGUCGGAGAAGACGGCAGUUUGAUGAGGAGUCCCUCGAGAGUUUCAGCAGCAUGCCUGACCCUGUAGACCCAACUACGGUAACAAAAACAUUCAAAACCCGGAAAGCAUCUGCACAGGCCAGCCUAGCCUCCAAAGACAAGACUCCCAAGUCAAAGACCAAGAAGAAGACUUCUACACAGCUGAAAGUGAGGGCUAAAAGCACCGGGUAUGAAAGUGCCAGUAUGUCUAGUACGUGUGAGCCUUGCAAGAGUAGGAACAGGCAUGCAGCCCAGACCGAGGAGCCUGUUCCAGCAAAAGUAUUCAGCAGAAAGAAUCAUGAGCAGCUGGAAAAAAUUAUAAAAUAUAGCCGAUCAACAGAGAUGUCCUCAGCACAUGCUAGGAGAAUACUUCAGCAGUCUAACAGAAAUGCAUGCAAUGCAGCACCAGAAACUGGAAGUGAUUUUUCUAUGUUUGAAGCUUUGAGAGAUACUAUUUAUUCUGAAGUAGCAACGUUGAUUUCUCAAAAUGAAUCCCGUCCUCAUUUUCUCAUUGAACUUUUCCAUGAACUCCAACUGCUUAACACAGACUAUUUGAGACAGAGGGCACUGUAUGCACUGCAGGACAUAGUCAACAGGCAUAUUUCUGAGACUAAUGAAAAAGAAGGUGAAAAUGUCAAAUCAGUGAAUUCUGCUACUUGGAUAGCCUCGAACUCAGAACUUACUCCCAGUGAAAGCCUUGCCACUACUGAUGAUGAAACUUUUGAGAAGAAUUUUGAAAGAGAAACCUGUAAAAUCAGUGAGCCAAAUGAUGCUGAUAAUGCCAGUACCUUGUCUACAUCUUCUAAUUUUGAGCCCUUUGCAACUGAUGAUCUUGGCAACACCGUGAUCCACUUGGACCAAGCAUUGGCUAGGAUGAGAGAGUAUGAGCGAAUGAAAAUUGAGGCUGAAAGCAACCUGAGUGCAGAGGGCGCUGGGGCCGCCGCCGCCGCCACCACCUCUGCCACCACUGCUUCCACCUUAGAAGAAUCUGCAAAGAAUGAGAAUCGCAGCGCACAGCCAACCCUGGGGGAAGUUGCUACUGUUCCCUGUCCUCGGAUUGACACGCAGCAGCUUGACCGGCAAAUAAAAGCAAUUAUGAAAGAGGUCAUUCCUUUCUUGAAGGAGCACAUGGAUGAGGUGUGCUCUUCACAGCUUCUAACCUCAGUGAGACGCAUGGUUCUGACCCUUACACAACAAAAUGAUGAGAGCAAAGAAUUUGUGCAUUUCUUUCACAAGCAGCUGGGAAGCAUACUGCAGGAUUCACUGGCAAAAUUUGCCGGUAGAAAACUGAAGGACUGUGGCGAGGACCUUCUAGUUGAAAUAUCUGAAGUUUUGUUUAAUGAAUUGGCUUUCUUCAAGCUUAUGCAAGAUCUGGACAACAAUAGUAUCUCUGUAAAACAAAGAUGCAAAAGGAAAAUGGAAGCUGCUGGAGUGAUACAGAAUUAUGCAAAAGAGGCAAAAAGAAUUCUUGAGGGAGAUCUUGGCUCACCUGCUGGAGAAAUUGAUGAUGAAGAUAAAGACAAGGACGAGACCGAGACGGUGAAGCAGGCGCUGCCGCCGCCGCCCGAGGCCUACAGUGGUGGCGAGGCUCCCAAGAACGCGAGGUCGGAUGUGUCGGAUCAGGAGGAAGACGAAGAGAGCGAAGGAUGCCCCGUGUCCAUCAGUUUGUCCAAAGCCGAAACACAGGCUCUGACAAAUUACGGGAGUGGAGAAGAUGAGAAUGAGGACGAAGAGAUUGAGGAUUUUGAAGAAGGGCCUGUGGAUGUCCAGACGUCCCUUCAGGCUAACAACGAAGCAACGGAGGAGAACGAACAGGACCAGGUUCUACAAAGUGAAUUUGAGAAGCCUGUGGAGAAAGAAAAUAUCCCAUCUGAGCGGGAACCUCCUAAUGGCCAAAGUAGUCAUAAAGGUGACCAGGAUGACUCUCCUGCCAUGCCUUGCUACCUUAAUGUCUUGGACAAGGAGCCACCCCUCGGCAGCCUGCCCCCUCUGGAGGCCACAGUGACCGCCACGGGGCCUCCGGAAGAACCGAAGCCUUCUUUACCCAUCGCCGAGGGGGACGCCUCCGUUCCCGGAAGCACCCAAGUAAAAUCGGCUUCAGAAACCCCCGAGAGCUCUGUGGCUGGAAGUCCUGACACCGAGUCGCCGGUGCUGGUGAACGAUUACGAAGCAGGAUCUGGCCAUUUAAGCCAAAAGUCUGAUGAAGAGGAUUUUGUGAAAGUGGAGGACUUGCCCCUUAAGCUGACCAUCUAUUCUGAGGCAGAUCUAAUGAAGAAAAUGGCAGCAGAAGAACAGAGUAACCAUUUAUCUGAGGAAAUACUAGCCGUGACUCACACUGAAGAAUUGGCUGGAGACCCUCAGACCCUGAAAGAACCUGAGACCGUUGCAGCCCGAAGUGUGUGAGAGCUCUCCGGCCGCCUGCCUUCCCCUGCCACUCCACCAAUUGCAUAUCUUCCAUGGGCACUAAAUAAACUUAUUUCCAUCUGUAUAAAAAUGUAAAUUAGUUUUUGACCCACUGCCUUUUAGAAUAGCUAACGCUCACUUCUUCUGCUCAGGCAGGUCACACGUCGGAGACGGGAUCCUCCCUAGAUUCGAGGCUUGCUGCACUGUUUUUUUAUUUUUUCAUUGUGAUUUGUUUAGUAACUUUAAACUUAAAAUGUAGUUUUAAAUAAAGUUUGGACUUGUCUGUAA